AUGAACGCCUUCAAGGAUCUUCACGACGAGCCCCCUUUGUUACAAGCCAUAUUUCACGGAAAUGUGGAAGCGGUUCGUACGUUACUAGCACAGAAAGAAGAUGUAAAUUGGCAAGACAAGGAGCAGCGUUCCCUUCUACAUGCAGCAGCAUAUAGGGGAGACACCGCUAUUGUGGAACUUCUUUUGUUAAACGGUGCGGUGGUCAACAGCAAAGAUAAAAAAUGGUUGACGCCUUUGCACCGAGCCUGCUGUUCAGGCAAUUACAAUGUAGUGGACAUUUUAUUGAGAUAUAAGGCGGACGUAAACGCUCGUGAUCGCAGUUGGCAGACGCCUCUUCACGUAGCGGCCGCGAACAACGCUGUUCAAUGCGUAGAACUUUUAAUGCCACAUUUGUUAAAUAUCAAUGUUACAGACAGAGGUGGGAAAACGUGUCUUCAUCAUGCGGUAUAUAACGGACAUUUCGAGAUGUGCGAAUACCUAAUGCAGCUAGGUUGUGUGAUAAAUGCCUCUGAUAAGAAAGACCGAAGAGCUUUGCAUUUUGCAGCGUACAAGGGCCACAAUGAGAUUGUGAAUGCGCUAAUAGAGAAAGGCGCCGACGUAGACGUUAAAGAUCGAGAUUUAUAUACUCCAUUACAUGCAGCAGCCGCUUCUGGUAAUAUAGAGUGUGUGCAACUUUUAAUCAAAGCCGGCGGCGAUAUUGAGGCCAAAAACGUCUACGGAAAUACGCCACUGCACAUCGCGUGCCUGAACGGAUAUCCCCUCGUGAUUAAGGAACUUAUAGCUAAACGCGUUAAUUUAGAGGCCGUGAAUUAUAGAGGACAGACUGCAUUGCAUGUCGCUGCCGCCAGCAUACACGGCGUCCACUGUUUUAAAAUGCUGAUAUACAACGGAUUGAAGGUCAACGUACAGUCAGAAGACGGUCGUACGCCGUUACAUAUGACUGCGAUUCACGGAAGAUUUACGAGAUCUAAAACGUUGCUAGACGCGGGAGCUUUUCCAGACGCGAGAGACAAAAAUGGAAAUACAGCAUUGCACAUUGCCGCCUGGUUUGGUUUCGAGUGUUUGACAACAUCUCUAUUGGAAAGCGCCGCAUCUCCGGCUACACGCAACGCGCAGCAGUGUACACCUUUGCACUUAAGUUGUCUAGCAGGACAUAUAGAAGUCUGUAGAAAAUUAUUGCAGCUCGAUAGCAGGCGAAUUGAUGCACGAGAUAUCGGUGGCAGGACAGCCUUACAUUUGGCAGCAUUUAAGGGUUCUGUAGAUUGUUUGGAUCUACUCUUAUCUAGCGGCGCCAAUUUCCGUCUCGUUGAUAACGACAAUCGAUUGGCUCUUCAUCAUGCCGCGUGCCAAGGACACUACCCUUGCGUCUUCACUCUAGUCGGGUUUGGUAGUGACUCGAACGCUCGAGACGUGAACGGCGCGACAUCGUUACAUUUAGCCGCAGCAGCGUCAAAUUCUAAUGCCCAGUCUUUCAAGUGCGUGCAGUAUUUGCUGCAACACCGGGCCGACCCGCAUUUGCGCGACAAGCGCGGUUUUACUGCGAUCCAUUACGCGGUAGCUGGCGGUAACAAGGCGGCACUGGAGGCUCUUCUGAAUGCAUCGGCAGUGCCUUCGAAUCUGGCUUUGAUCGAGCAGGAACCGCCUGUGCCGGCUCUCACUCCAAUACACCUUGCGGCAUAUCACGGUCAUGACGAGAUCUUGCAGCUGCUUUUGCCUUUGUAUCCCAAUAUGAAUAUCAAGGAAGAUAGUGGGAAGACGCCGUUAGACUUGGCCGCCUACAAGGGGCACAAACAGUGUAUCAUACUUUUGUUACGAUUCGGUGCUUCUGUGGGAGUACAGGAUUCUGUUACGAAACGUACGCCUGUGCAUUGCGCCGCUGCGACGGGUCACGCAGAUUGCCUGGCUCUUCUUCUGCAGAACAUGGAAGAUCCCACCGUGGUAAAUUGCUACGAUUCUAAGCAGCGCACAGCUCUAACGCUGGCGGUGGCAAAUAACCAUCCAGAGUGCGCAAUGUUACUUUUGACAUAUAAGGCGGACUGUAAUCUACCAGAUGUUAAUAAGCACACGCCGCUGUUUCGCGCGGUGAUUAACGAGCGUGAUAAUCAAUUGGUGAAACUGUUGUUAAAGCAUGAUGCUCUCGUGGCAGUGCAAGAUGUGAACGGCAAAACGCCGUUACACUUAGCAGCGGCUUGUGGCAGAUUGUAUGCUUUGGCUGCGCUCGUUAAAGCCGAUCCGGUCGCAGCGACUUUGAAGGACGAUCAAGGCUGCACGGUGUUACAUUGGGCUUGUUAUAAUGGCAACUCGAAUUGCGUGGAAUAUCUCUUGAAUCAUAACGUGUUCGAUUCCUUGGAAGGCAACCCGUUUUCCGCUGUACAUUGCGCCGUAUAUCAAGGAUCGGCGCACUGCUUAGACUUAUUGAUCAACAAGUUCGGCGGACAAGCGGUUGCUGCCCCAAGAGACUCGUCUUGUGGCUUGUUACCACUGCAUGUCGCUGCAAGUGCAGGGUCCGUCGAUUGCGCGCGAUUAAUUCUAAAUUCUGUCGGACCGGAAUUAGCUGGGCUUGAGACAACUGAUUACUUUGGACGAACGCCACUUCUUUGCGCGGCAGUCAACGGACAGUGCAACGCUAUCGAAUUAUUGCUGGAAUGGAAAGCUGAUGUGCGCGCUGUUGACUCCAAUAAGAAUACAGCGCUACACUUAGCUUGCCAGAGACGUCAUUCCGCCGCGGUGUCAUUACUCUUAAACUGGAUCGAAAACUGCAGCUCCGACGUCGAUAAAAACACGUCGCAAUCGCAAGGCGUUUCUGUUAUUAACAUGAUCAAUAAGCAGCAGAGAACGCCGUUGCAUCUGGCAGCAAGAAACGGUCUUGUGACAAUCACGCGACGAUUAUUGCAAUUGGGCGCGAGUGUCAUAGCUGUUGACGCAGAAGGACUCACGCCCGCGUUAGCUUGUGCCCCAAAUCCAGCGGUGGCCAAGUGUUUAGCGACUAUUCUCGCCGCGCAGGGUCAAAAUGGGGAAACCGCGCAGUACUCACCGGCAAUUCAACACACGUUGGAGGUGUACCUGAACGGCGUGGACUCGCAGCACAGUUCCGACUCGGAGUGUUACUGACAGCGAGCGUCGACACGCUUGGAUCAUCGAACGUUCCGGCGUAAUUAGCCUCCAAUUCUGACGAGCCGGGUGAGAUUGCCGGAUGGGCGGAUCUCCGACGGUGACUAGCCUCAUAAGUAGCAAUCGUGACAAUAUCGGUGUUUGUGCUAUCGAGAACUCGAUAGAGCAAUUAAUCGACUGCCAAGAGGGAUACGGAUGUAUGUACGUACAUAUGUUAAUCAGAGUUACUUAAUAAUAGUCGAUAGACUUAGGUAUAUACUUAUAGGAGAGCUGUACAGUAUCCAAAGUCAUUUUUCUGUUCGUAUAAUUAUGUGCAUGCGCGAAGUACACUAGGCGUCAUUGAUGUCUUUCUAUUUAAAAUUAAUUAAUUUUGAUGUUCGCUAUAGGAUACGUUACUGUAGAAAAACCAAAACUUUAUUAGCAAUUUCAAGCGGAAGGCCUCAAUAACGCCUGUGUAUAAUAUUGUCUUAAUCUCGAGACACAUUUAUAAAAAUCAAGUGUUAUAAUUUCGCUUUAAAAUCUGUCAAUUAGAAUGAAUGUACAAUAAUGUCUUGGAAACAUUCAUUUGCAUAUAUUCGGUAUCGAUCGCGUUAUGGAAUGUCCGUAUAUGAUUUACGAUCAAUGUUGAAUGAUUAAAUACACUAAUGUCGGUCAUUCCCCUCAACCAUUAAAUGUUGUAACUUGCGUAUUCUGAAACGAUAAUUUGUUCAACACUGUCGUAAAAGGUUGUUUUUUUUUCGUUAGGAAGAGUAUAAAAUUUUUGCAAUUAGGUCUCAACUGUCUUCAACUUGGACAUCACGUGAAAUUAAUUUAUUUUUAAUUCUAGCGAAGAAUCGGGUUAUACAAUGUUUAUUUUUCUCUCCUCUUAAAUAUCUUUGUUUUAUUGUACAUCUAUAUUAAAUAUCUAUGUAUUUAGAAAUAUAGUAUAGAUAUAUGAUAUAAAUAUUAAAAUAUAUCUAUCUAUAUUUAGAGAUAUAGAUAUAUAUAAUUUAGAUUACUAAAUAUUCAUCUAAGCAUAUAUCUCUUAUACAUAGCUGAGAAUAAGACACAGCUUCGCCGCACGCAUUUGCGCAGUUUUUUGUUUCUCUCAUAUAACUUUUGAGUAUAAUUAACGCAUAUAUUAAUACCUUCUACAUUUCGAAAGAUAUGUUUGUCUGCAUAAUUUUCUAAAUCGAUUACAUCGGUUAAUAUAACGCGUAACAAUAACAAUAGGGUUUUCUCACAAUUGAUUAACGCGAGUCUCGAACAUGGACCAUCAACAUAAUAAUUAAUGAUAAUUGCGAGAGCACAAAUAAUAAUAGUUGCGUUAAGUAAGUCUCGAAUGCGAUUAUAGAUGUAACAAUAAAACAGCGGCGUAUCAUCUUUUGUAGUCGAGUAGAUAUAACUCUUGGUAAUAAAAAAUGGCGCAAUUCAUUCUUAUAGUAGGGAAUUAGAUACAUCAGUGCAUAUAUCGACAGAGAAAUAUGUAGGCAAUGCUCAAUUGAUUGCAUUUACUAAACUAGAUUGGUUCUCAUUUCAUAAGACUGCGCACAGUGGUGGAAUAUUAGAAAUUAAAGUUUUAGGAUUUGUUUUCUCAAUGAACACUACAGAUAAAUAAUAUAUAUAUUAUGUGUCUUGUAUGACACAUUUAUGUCUUAUAUUUUAUUUAUAUUCAUUGUGCGUCAUGUUCAAUCUUUAUUCCAAAUUUUGAGAUUUUUAAUAUUUAAUAUUUAUGCCUAAUAUUUUACGCCAUUGUGCGCAAAGCCUUAGUUAACUGGACGUCUUCCAUUCCCAAUAGUCUCAGUUGAUAAUUCGGCGCACGAAAACAACUCUACGCUAACGCCAAUCGUGUUUUAUCCUGAGUUUACACGGCAGGAUUAUCUUUCGGAUGAUUUUAUGUACUUUUUUUCCUCACACUUUCAGCUACUCGAACAUCUAAAAAUUCAAAUCGCACGUUUACGGAGUUUUUAAUUUAUCGCACGAGAAAGUGUAGGAUGUUAUGACAUUGUAAAAGAAAAAUGCCGAAAGUAUGAAUGUUUAAUUAUCAAUGUUCCAAUGUUGUAAAUAUAUCGAAGGGAACUGAAUUAACCUCUCCUGAGGACUCUAUACAACAGGGCGGUGCGACAAGGAAUAGGAGCGAACAUUCAGCUAUUUUCUUAAAGAUUUGUAGUGAAGCCUAAACUGCCUGACUGUAAUUGUAUGUCGAAUAAGAAAGUAGAGUUUGUAAAUGUAAGAUGUGUAACGAUUGAUCGAGGAAUUGAAUCGGAAAUAUACGUUAAAUUAUUUUAUUUUUAAAUAUUUUUUUAUGCUUUCUCUCAGAUAUAGCACACAAUAUUUAUAAAAGAUUUACAAAAUGUUUAUAAUAAUUAUUUGAAUACUUUAUAAAUAUUUACAAAAAUAUUUCAUAAACAUUUUUGUGGUCCUGGACAUUAAACAGAUCAUAGAGAUUUAUUAUAAAUAUCACAUAAACAUAUUUAUAAAAUAUUGCUAUAAAUAUUUUUUUACUUACCAUAAAUAUGUAAAAUGUAUAGUCUACAUUUUAAUAACAUUUUGAAAGAUUGUAUCAAUUUUUUCCUUCGGAUAUAUAAAAUAUUUAUAAAUAUUUAUAAACAUUGUGUGCUAUUUGGGCUGUGUUCCUUGUUAAUAUUUUUAUUGCCAUUAAUAUUUAUAUUUUAAUUAUGCGGUUAUUGUUUUGAUAAUGCGGUUAUUGUUUUGAAAUCAUGGUAUUGAAAAAAUAUUUAAAUAUUAAAAAAUGCGUCGAAAAGAGGAAUACUCAAUGCAGCAAUUGUGUCAUUAUUUUUGUACUUAAAAACAUCUCAACAAUUUUUUGCAUUUAAUAGAUUGUAAGUGCGAGCAUACUGACGAUCUUAAACGCUAAAUGUGAUUAAUAUUAUAUAGAAAAUCGUGUAAUUCAUCGAUGAGAGGGCAUCGUAGUUUUAAUGUACAUAUUAACUCCGAUCAUCGCUUGCGCGUAAUAAUUAUGCGGUUAAUGAAAUUGUUGAUACUUGGAAAAAUGCGAUCUCCGAUUUGUACAUGAUUUUGUACUUGCGACCGUUUUAUAAAAACAACAAUACGGGAAUGAGAACUGGACGCGUAUUAAGGAACUGUUCGGAGUGGAUGCGAUUUGAAUUAUUCAAUUAUUUCAUGGAUUUCUAAUGUGUUUUCUAAGAAAAAACGGAAUAAUUGCGAUCGGAAACUAUUCCGAACAGUUCCAUAAAACGUGCUCAGGUCACGUCAUGCGUUAUUUUAUCUCUCAAACGCGUGAAACUCCACGCUCUGCUGUAAUAUGUACAUACAAUAAUCGAAAAAAUUAUUUUUUCUAUAUCCCUUCCUUGCACAUACGAUUUUGCGGAAUGUAAUGUCGUAUUACAUGGAUAUUAUAUUUUAAAUGUUCCACCAUAUCAUGUAUCUGCAUCACACGACAUUUGUAAUCAAUAUACGUCAUUGCGUUUUAUUUUCACA